AUGAGCUUUUGCAGAAAGUGUGCUUAUAUAAUCACAUCCUGCCCAGAGAAGUCAGGAUCUGUAGAAGAGGAGACGUUGGUUUCUAGCUUUAACCAGUUAAACCUAAAGAUGAAAAACUGUGUUUCAGGAAACGUCACAUCUUUAUGUUUAAACAUUUAUCAGCUGAUUUCUGCACAAAGCGGCUUGUGUUUCUUGCGGGGCCACACCUCUCCCGCAGCCCAGGAUUGGCCCCUCUGCUCUCACUCCCUCUGCCGAGUUCCACCUUUAAAAGUCCCGCAGAGUUCGCUCCGAGCCCCGCACUUGGACUACCGGAGACCGCGCGCCACCAUGUCCGACCGGGGAACCUUCGACACCAACGUGGUCACCGUGACCCGCUUCGUGAUGGAGGAGGGCAGGAGGGCCAAAGGCACCGGGGAGCUGACCACGCUGCUCAACUCGCUGUGCACGGCGGUGAAGGCCAUCUCCAGCGCUGUGCGCAAAGCUGGCAUUGCGAACCUCUAUGGGAUCGCAGGCAGCACCAACGUGACUGGAGAUCAGGUGAAGAAGCUGGACAUCCUGUCCAACGACCUGGUCAUCAACAUGAUCAAGUCUUCCUUCACCUCCUGUGUUCUGGUGUCUGAGGAGAACGACCGGGCCAUCAUCGUGGAACCAGAAAGACGGGGUAAGUACAUCGUGUGCUUCGAUCCUCUGGAUGGCUCCUCCAACAUCGACUGCCUCGUCUCCAUCGGAACAAUUUUUGCCAUUUACAAGAAGACCACCGACGAUGAGCCGUGUGAGAACGAUGCCCUGCAGCCCGGCAGGAACCUGGUGGCAGCGGGCUACGCCCUCUACGGCAGCGCCACCAUGAUCGUCCUGUCCACGGGUCAGGGGGUCAACUGCUUCAUGCUGGACCCGGCGCUCGGUGAGUUCAUCCUCGUCGACCGAGACGUGAAGAUCAAGAAGCGCGGAAAGAUCUACAGCCUGAACGAAGGUUACGCCAAACACUUUGAGCCGGCCGUCACAGAGUAUCUGCAGAAGAAGAAGUUCCCCGAGGACGGCAGCGAGCCGUACGGAGCGCGUUACAUCGGCUCCAUGGUGGCAGACGUGCACCGGACACUGAUGUAUGGAGGAAUCUUCUUAUAUCCCGGGAAUGUGAAAAGCCCCAAAGGAAAGCUGCGGCUGCUCUACGAGGGCAACCCGAUGGCGUUCAUCAUGGAGCAGGCGGGCGGCAUGGCCUCCACUGGCUUGCAAAACAUCCUGGACAUCCAGCCUGAGGACAUCCACCAGCGCGCACCAGUGGCGAUGGGUUCACCUGAGGACGUGCAGGAGUACAUCGCUAUCUGCAGAAAACACGCCAAGAAGUGAAAACACGCCGAUCCAGCAGGAAAAUCUCCAACAGCUUCACACCUGCUGGGAACUCACCUGGAUGCAACGUGGCUUUUAGAAGGAUUCUUAGGAGGUUUUUACUGAAAACGGUUGAAUAUGAUGCAGUUUUUAUUGGUAAACCCAGAAAACUCACUGAAAUGUGAAAACACGUCAUUCAGACGCUCGCACAUUCCAAAAAAACACCAACGUGCCAAAAUCAGAUAAAUGUACUUGAAUGAACAGAAAACCUUUCAUCAAUGUGCCUCAGUCAGCUGGAGCAGAAAUCCUAGUUACUAUAGCAACAAGAGAUGCUUUUAUGGGACAAGACUCGAUGCUUUUAUUGUGAAACAAAGUACUGUUUUUGGGAUGAAUCGUUCAAAAUAAAUCAAACGAGUUUA